GAUACUCAGACUCUCACUUUACUCUGAGUUUGUCCGAGUGUAUGGAAGCACACAGGGGAAGACUGGUCGUUUUGUACUUUAUUUGAAUUAGAUUGAAUGAUUUUUCUCCUGUAAACGGACACCACGAGGAUGCAUUGAUGGUCCAACAUCGACGGAGGUCGUUUUGAUUUCAGGACACGUUUUAGUAACGAAGUUGAGUAGCUAGCUGUAGCUUGCUAGUUCCCUUCAAGUUUUCCCAAGGCUGCAGAGCGAAUUCCCAGUUUACUAUUUAGCUAAGCCAGCCAUCAUGGCGAGGCGGGCAAUGAAAGGAUCUGUGAUUUUAACCUGUAUCACUUCCUCGGUUUGGCAUAAGAACUCUCAACUUCAGUGGAAUAAAGACAAACUUAUUACCUGGAGCUUCAUUACGUUCUGUUCGCUUAUAUGCUGUGGAUUUUGUGGUGCAGACAGUGAGUUUUCAAUCUUGGAAGAAGCACAAGUUUUAGCAGUUCAAAUGAAAAAGCUGUCUUCGCAGGAGCUGGGAGUUUUCGCUAUGCAGAGAAUCUUCAACUCCUUCGUGUACACUGAAAAGACUUCAAACGGCGAGACCGAAGUGCAGCAGCUGGCGAAAAAGAUACGCGAGAAGUUCAACCGCUACCUGGAUGUUGUGAACAGAAACAAGCAGGUGGUGGAGGCGUCUUACACUGCCCACCUGACCUCCCCGCUCACUGCCAUCCAGGACUGCUGCACCAUUCCUCCCUCUAUGAUGGACUUUGAUGGCAAUUUCAACACGAAUGUCUCCAAAACCAUCUGCUGUGACCGCCUGUCCCCCACUGUCAACAGCCGGGCGUUUAACCCGGGCCGGGACCUCAAUUCAGUGCUUGCCGACAACCUGAAGUCCAACCCUGGGAUCAAGUGGCAGUAUUUCAGCUCGGAGGAGGGGAUAUUCACUGUGUUCCCAGCCCACAAGUUCCACUGCAAAGGGACCUAUGAGCAUCGGAGCAGGCCCGUGUACGUAUCGGCGGUGCGGCCCCAGUCCAAGCACAUAGUGGUGAUCAUCGACCACGGCGCCUCGGUCACCGACACCCAGCUCCAGAUCGCCCGGGACGCCGCCCUGGUCAUCCUCAACUCCAUCGACGAGCACGACAAGAUCUCAGUGCUGACGGUGGCUGAUACUGUGCGUUCCUGCUCCUUGGACCAGUGCUACAAGACCUUCCUGUCCCCGGCCACCAGCGAGACGAAGAGGAAGAUGGGCUCCUUCAUCAAUAACGUCAAGGCCUCCGACAGCCCCACCCAGCAUUCCCUGGGCUUCCAGAAGGCCUUUCAGCUCCUCAGGAACACCAGCAAUGUCACCAGGCCGCAGACCAACACCGACAUGGUGAUCAUCUACCUCUCUUCGGGCGUCACCUCCCCAGACUCCUCCGACGGCGAGAAGAGAGAGACGCUGGGCGUGGUGAAGGAGGAGAACCGUCACCUCAACAACUCGGUCAUGAUCCUCACCUACGCGCUGAUGAACGAGGGGGUGACUGGUCUGAAGGAGCUGGCUUUCCUGAGGGACCUGGCGGAGCAGAACUCGCUGAAGUACGGCAUGCCGGACCGCUCCGCCCUGCCCGUGGUCAAGGGCAGCAUGAUGGUGCUCAACCAGCUGAGCAACCUGGAGACCAGCGUGGGCCGCUUCUACAUCAACCUGCCCAACCGCAUGAUCGACAUGGCCGGCUUCAGCCUGCCCUACACUGACCCCAUGGGGGACGGCUUCAUCAUGACGGUGAGCCGGCCCUGCUAUUUCGGCAACCUGCUGCUCGGGGUCGUGGGCGUCGACGUGAACCUGGCCUACAUCCUGGAGGACGUGACCUACUACCAGGAUUCCCUGGCGUCCUACACCUUCCUCAUCGACAACAAAGGCUACACCCUCAUGCACCCGUCACUCACCCGGCCCUACCUGAUGACCGAAGCCCCCCUGCACACUGACAUCAUCCACUACGAGAAUAUCCCAGGAUUCCAGCUGGUCAGGCAGAACAUCCUCAGCCUGCCUCUGGGCAGCCAGGUCAUCACCGUGCCUGUGAACUCCUCGCUCUCCUGGCACAUGAACCGCCUGCGAGACCCCAGCCGAGAGGCCUACAACGUCAGCUACGCCUGGAAGCUGGUCCAGGACACCUCCUUCAUCCUGUGCAUCGUCUACGUCCAGCCCGAGAUCCCGGUCAAGCACCUGAAGAACCUCAACACCGUCCCCAGCAGCAAGCUGCUGUACCACCGCCUGGACCUCCUGGGCCAGCCCAGCUCCUGCCUGCACUUCAAGCAGCUCGCCACCGUGGAGAGCCCCACGGUGAUGCUGUCUGCCGGAAGCUUCUCCUCCCCCUACGAGCACCUGAGUCAGCCCGAGACCAAGCGCAUGGUGGAGCACUACACCGCCUACCUCAGUGACAACACCCGCCUCAUCGCCAACCCGGGGCUGAAGUCGUCUGUCAGAAAUGAAGUAAUGGCUACCAGUCACGUAACCGAUGAAUGGAUGACACAAAUGGAAAUGAGUAGCCUGAACAGUUACAUUGUGCGUCGUUACAUAGCAACGCCCAAUGGGGUGCUGCGGAUUUACCCAGGCUCUCUCAUGGAUAAAGCCUUCGACCCCACCAGGAGACAAUGGUACCUGCAUGCUGUGGCCAACCCCGGUCUCAUCACCUUCACUGGCCCGUACCUGGAUGUGGGCGGGGCCGGCUACGUGGUCACCAUUAGCCACACUAUUCACGCCUCCAGCUCUCAGAUGGCCUCUGGCUAUGCGGUGGCAGUGAUGGGUAUUGACUUCACCCUGCGCUACUUCUACAAAGUGCUGCUCGACCUGCUACCCAUCUGCAACCAGGACAAAGGCAACAAAAUUCGUUGUUUCAUCAUGGAGGACAGGGGGUACCUUGUAGCUCAUCCCACGCUGAUCGACCCUAAAGGACACGCCCCGGCUGAGCAGCAGCACAUCACGCACAAGGAGCCGCUGGUCGCCAACGACAUUCUCAACCACCCCAACUUCGUCAAGAAGAACCUGUGCAACAGCUUCAGCGACCGCACAGUGCAGCGCUUCUACAAGUUCAACACCAGCAUCGUGGGUGACCUGACGAACCUGGUCCACGGGAGUCACUGCUCCAAGUACCGUCUGACGCGGAUCCCCGGCACCAACGCCUUCGCCGGCAUCGUGAACGAGACGUGCGACUCGCUGGCCUUCUGCGCCUGCAGCACGGUGGACCGGCUGUGUCUCAACUGCCACAGGAUGGAGCAGAAUGAAUGCGAGUGUCCGUGUGAGUGCCCUCUAGAGGUGAACGAGUGUACUGGAAACCUCACCAACGCGGAGAACAGGAACCCGAGCUGCGAGGUGCACCAGGAGCCCCUCUCUCUGACGGUCAUAGACUCCAGCCUGCAGGACACGCUGCCCCAGUGCAUCAACACCCGCUGCAGCCAGCGCUUCACCAGCAGCGACUGCUUCGGGGUGCUGGACUGCGAGUGGUGCAUGGUGGACAGCGAUGGGAAGACUCACCUGGACAAGCCCUACUGCGCCCUACAGAAGGAGUGCUUCGGAGGGAUUGUGGGAGCCAAGAGUCCUUACAUGGAUGCAAUGGGACACCUGGAUGACGAGGUGACUCCUCUCAACAUGAUCAAGAGCGCGCCGGUGGGACCUGUGGCCGGAGGCAUCAUGGGAUGCAUAAUGGUCCUCGUGCUGGCCGUGUACGCGUACCGGCACCAGAUCCACCGCCGCAGCCACCAGCACAUGUCCCCGCUGGCGGCCCAAGAGAUGUCCGUCAGGAUGUCCAACCUGGACAACGAGCGGGACGAGAGGGACGAGGACAGCCACGAGGACAGGGGGAUAAUCAGCAACACGCGCUUCAUCGCCGCGGUGAUCGAGAGACACACGCACAGCCCUGAGCGUAGGAGGAGGUACUGGGGAAGGUCUGGCACAGAAAGUGACCAUGGUUACAGCACCAUGAGUCCCCAGGAGGACAGUGAGAACCCGCCCUGCAACAACGAUCCCCUGUCGGCAGGCGUGGACGUGGGUAACCACGACGAGGACAUGGAUCUGGACACGCCCCCUCAGACCGCCGCCCUGCUCAGCCACAAGUUCCACCCGUACCGACACCCGCACCACCACCCGCUGCACCACGCCCACCACCUGCAGGCCGCCGUCACCGUGCACAGCGUUGAUGCGGAGUGCUGAUUGGCACAUCCCUUCUGCCCCUCCCCCCCUUCCGCUACCACCCCCCCACCCCACCCCCGCAAACAGCUGCUGCGUGAGCUGCACUCAAAUCCCAUCCCAGAAGAGACGUUUGAUCCCACUCAACCUGCUGGAGGUGAGAGGAAGGGAUGGACUGGGCGAGGAGGAACAAAGCAGACCCCAGCUAUUCAGCCCCGCUGGAGAUUUCCUCUGAGGGACUCACGUGACCUUUACAGGACAACGCUGGCGGAAAUGGGAAGUGUGAACUGUGCAGCAGGAAGAGUGAGAGAAACGGCGCCUGUUUGGUGGUUGGGGGGUGGAUUCCUUACGAAAUGUAAACAGUGCAUCUCAGAUUUGUUUUUAACAAAAGGAUUAUUUUUCUACUAUUUAUUUAACUGGAACUGAAAUGAACAAAUUCAGUAGGUGAAUCUGAGCUAAGGGCUCAUGUCCUAUUGACUCCUCCUGUUUGAACACGCCCUUUAAAUUGUGACUGCAGCAGGUGGGAAAUGGACAUGCGGCACCUUUAUUUGUAUUGGGGGGGGGGAAUGACUCCAUUUUAAACGGUUUUACAUAACAUACGAGAGCGACGAACAUGAACCGAAGAUGAUGCAAUCGAAAUUGUUAAGCUAAAAAUGCUUGAAACUGGUUACUCCAAGACUGCAAGAAUCACAACUUUCUUUUAAAGAUUUUUUUUUUUUUUAACGCAAAAGGAUGUCAAAGCCUUAGACCCGGAGGGCGCGUCUCUGCGCCGGGCCAAAUUUGCGGUCUUCAGAGCCAGGGGCCGUGUCAGGCUCGGAGCGAAUGUCAUCCCCUCUCAGGCCCAGGCUGUGUGGGACUGAGGGCGCGCGAAGCCUCGUUUGACUCCUCCAUCAGGAUCGCCGCCGCCUUUCUCGCGUCUGUGACUGUGUGUCUCCUGGCGGAAAACAUCAGUGUUGAGUGGGCUCAGUUUGUUUGGAAGCUGCCUUAAAGCUUCCGGGCUUGUGCCACUGAACCCCUGCGUUCAGCACACGCCUCGGGAUGCGUUCUGUGAGCGAGCCGGAUCCAGGUGAAUUAAAAGGGACGCACAGACGCACUCUGUCUCCGGUGAAGGCACCACUUCAUUGGUUUCGUUUUUAAGUGUGAUUCUCGAUAUGAAUUGCUUUUGUGUUUAAACAUCGGCCCAGUGCACUGUUGACGAGAAGGGACUGUCAGAACAGUCCCUCUUCCCCAGAUGAACGUUUUAUGUUUGGAUUGGUUACUUCGGCAAAAUCAGAGAAAAGAAUUGUAUUAAUUUAGUUUAGAAGUGGACUAAUCUGGUGUUCUCCGAGUUGUCUGAUCCCAACAAUAUAAUGUCUAUGAAUGUUUUUUAAAUAACAAAUAGCUAUACAUGUGUUUUACACUCCAUUAGAAAAAACCUUGUUUUUUUCCUGUGUAAAGUGUAUAGGUUGUGUGUUCUUGAUAAUCUUCAGUUUACUCUGGGUUGUUUUGAACUUUAAAAAAAUUGUACUGUUCAUGGUAUUGGACAAGACUAGCUUACUGAUACUUUAUGUCCAUAUUGGAAUUUAUGAUAGAUUGACUUUGGUGAUCUCAUUUUCCCCUCAAUAAGGUUAUAAACAGUUAAUAAAAUAUUUGACUGUUGGAAAAAUGUGUCCUCUAAUAUCACGGUUUUAGUCCAGGAAGACAAUUUUAUCCAGAUUCCUGGAAUUCAUGACAUUAUAAAUGUGUUUUUAUAAAAUCCCUCUUGUAAAUUGAAUAUUUCUGUUAUAGGUGAACAGAGAAGAAUUUCACUAUUAUUUCAGUCUUGUAGCAUCCUGUUACUCGCCUCUGGUAUUACCAUAACACAUCUUUGAGAGUACUGCCAUGUUGAUGGAGAACAUUAACAGUAUUUACUGUUGUAAACAAGUGUAAUCUUGUGUAUACUGAACACUAUGAAUUUCAUUAAUGUACUGAAGGAGCUUCAAUUUCUGUAUAUCAUUCCUCUUUUCCCUAUGUAAUAUAUAAAGAAAAUAAUGGAGAUUUAUUGCAACAUGAAUGUAAUAAAAGGUCCACUUCCAUACUUUA